AUGAUUGAAGCCCAAUCCCGCGCCAACCUUCUAGGCGUCGCCGUGAUCACUCUAGUAAUAUCCUAUCGAAUUGGUUUACUCAUAUAUAAUGCCCUUUUCCAUCCACUCAGCAGCUACCCGGGUCCCAGAUUGGCCGCCAUAACCCGGCUUCCUAUGGUUAUACAUAAGUACCAUGGUGAUAUGCACUGGUGGUUACCAAAGCUUCAUAAGGAGUAUGGUAACGUUGUCCGAGUGGCUCCCAAUGAGCUCAGUUAUAUCGACCCUCAGGCAGUGAAGGAUAUUUAUGGCUUCCAUCCAGGGAGCAAAGCAAACUUCGUGAAAGACAUGACGUUUUAUGGAUCUGACGCUGCUGGCGGUGGAGGAAUCUUUCGAGCCGACGAUGCUAAUCAUGCAAGACAGAGGAGAGUCCUGUCACAUGCAUUCUCCGAUCGAGCUUUGAACGAACACGAGCCACUCCUCCGCAAAUAUGUCGAGAGGCUAGUGACUGGGAUUAGGACCCUGAACAGCAAAGACCCCAACGGCAAAAUAAAUCUCGAACGGUGGUAUAAUUACACCACUUUUGAUGUGAUGGCGGAUCUUAGCUUUGGGGAGCCUCUGGAUUUGCUGCAAGACCAAUCGCGCGAGUGGUUUCUCGACAACGUGAUGAGCUUCCUUAAGCUGCAGAGCCUAACUCAGCUGUUGAGAUAUUAUCCGCGCCUGGCAAUGAUCCUGGGUGUAUUUUUCAUUCCCAAUGAUAUUAAAGCAAAACAGGCGAGAAACAACAAGGAAGCGAUCGACAAAGUCAACCGACGGCUAGAACGCAAGGCUAACCGCCCCGAUAUUUGGUCGUUGGUGAUGAUGCAAGAGGGACAAAGGGCUCUUACACUCCCUGAAAUGCACGCCAAUGGCAUUACAUUCAUGGUGGCCGGCACAGAGACUACUGCCACUGCAUUAAGCGGAUUGACUUACCUCCUACUGAAAAACCCAGAUAAGCUGGAGGAGCUAACCACAGAGAUUCGGUCCGCAUUCAAGAACAGCGAGGGUAUCACCAUCCAGGCACUUGCACGCUUGGAGUACCUAAACGCUUGUUUCCAGGAAGGACUAAGGAUGUAUCCUCCGGUGCCACUGGGGCCUCCUCGAGUUGUUCCGCAUACGUCGGCAGAAGUGUGUGGCAAAGUGCUUCCUGGAGGCACGAUUUGUUAUGUCAGUAACUAUGCUGCUUACAGUUCGGAACGUAAUUUCAAAGACGCUGACAGGUUCCUGCCCGAACGAUGGAUGGACAACCCUCGCUACGCUUCUGACAACAAGUCUGUACUGCAGCCAUUCUCAUUUGGGCCUCGGAACUGUCUGGGGAAGAAGUAUGACGAUGAAUACAUGUGUGCUUGA